AUAUAAAAAUAUAUAUAUAUUAUUGAGUUCUCAUCAUAAAAGCUUAUGAUGAUUAUUCCCAUAUUUUCGGCAUUUUUAGGUAAUAUUAGGUUUUUUUUAGCUUUCGGCAUUUCGCAAUUUAUAAUAAUAUUUUUUUUAUUUGGACAAAAAGUUAUUAAUAAGUAAAAUUAACUGGAAAUAUCGGUGGCCAUAAACAGUAGUUGAGCGGUCAGAAUCAGCACCUCUUCUAGUUCCAAGGAAUUGGUGGGAAGACGGUUACAGGCACAGCUCAUCCGAAAACUAUAUUCUUCGACCUUAUUGCAAAGGGAAGACUUUCUUCUCCAAACGCCAACCAGAAAAGAAGUCCCGAGUACAAGUGUACAACUACUAACUUGUAAAACCAAAAACUGCAUACAUGAUAGGAUAGGAGUAAUCCGCAAACCACCACAAGGGCUUUGGGCAAAAGGUGGGAAUCACCGCCGAAUCAGAGUGUUCAGUUCCCCAUUUACCUGACCGCCCGUGAUUUGAGGCCACCGUUGCCUAGUGCCUUCCACCGUCGCAACGGCAGGGGAGAUGGUGGGGACGGCGCGACCGGUGUUCGUGUUGUUUGGAUCCUCCAUCGUCCAGUUCAGCUAUGGUGUUGGUGGGUGGGGCGCUAUGCUUUCUGACUACUACUCUCGCAAGGCAGACAUUUUGAUAAGAGGGUAUGGAGGUUGGAACUCGAGGGAUGCUCUCAAGGUCCUUGAACAAGUUUUCCCGAAGGAUGCUGCCACACAUCCUGCUCUGGUUAUAGUCUAUUUUGGUGGGAAUGAUUCGUGCAGCCAAGACCGAUCCAUUGCUCAUGUACCUCUUUCUGAGUACUACGAAAACAUGAAGAAGAUUGCUGCUCAUCUCAAGGGCCUUUCUGAGACGAUUCGCCUCAUCUUUCUUACUCCUCCCCCAGUCAAUGAGAAGAUGGUCACUAAAUAUUUUGGAGAUUGUGGCCGCACAAAUGAGAGUUGCCGGAUGUACGCAGAAGCUUGUAUGAAGAUGUGCUCGGAAAUGGGGGUGACAGGCAUUGAUCUAUGGACUGUGUUCCAGCAACAACGGGAGGACUGGCAGACUGCCUAUUUCAUAGAUGGGAUCCAUCUGACAUCAGAAGGGAGCAAGGUAGUGGGGAAUGAGAUCUUGAAGGUGAUAGAAGAGUCGGAGUGGGAACCAAGCCUGCAUUGGGAGUCGAUGCCCUGUGAAUUCUCAGGAGUCACACUCUUCGAUACUCUUGGCUACAACCACUUCUUGAACUCAAGCCUGCCAUGAGAAACUUGGCUUGGUAAUCAAAGCUUACAUGUGCGAUUCUGAACCCUUUGUUUCUUUCUUUGGCUUUCUUUUGUCCGUCGUCUCUCUGCGGUAACAACAAAAGAAAAAUAUGAGAAAAAUGAAACAUUGGUGUUUGUGGUCCAAAGAGAAGCUUAUCAAGGGCCAAUGCGAGAGAGUCCAUAAAUUUUUAUGAUGAGGCAGGCCUGACUUAAUGAAUACCAAUUCAGACUGCCUCCUUUCUUUUUGAAGAGUUGGAGCCGGUCUGGAUUCAAGGGAUCAAUCUGGACCUUUUAUAAUGUACUUAGAUUGUCAAUUUCAUUAAUUUCUUCAAAAACAGGGAUAAGUACUGAAUUGAUAUUUGGACGGAUCAAAUAAACCUUUUAACUUGCUCCCCGACCCUCAAAUUUUCAUUAUAUUGAGCUAAUUUAUCAUGAUGCAACUCGGUUAUGGAACAGACCAAACCAUGACUGUUGCUGCCAAAACUCUUGAUGCCAUCUUCAACACUAUCCCACCACGGACAGAACGUGUCCAUCUGUCAAAGGACAUGCCCUGUGGAAAUACAUAGCAAGUCUUUUUUGCUAAAUUAUCGAAAAUUUAAUUUCUAGCUUUCUUCAGCUUCGGAAUGAACUCAUACAAACGGAAAUAAAUUAUUAGUUAUUCAAUUAUCUUUUCCAAACAAAACAAUUUUGGAAUAUAGAAAGAUGGUUUUCCAAAUUACUAGUUAAUUACUAAAUAACAUUAACUUUAGGGGUUUUGUUGUCGGCUUUUUUUUCAAAUUUCCUUUUUUUUUGUCAUGGAGGACACAUGUUUUUUGUCGUGGAGGACACAUGACAAGAAGAAAGGGCUUUUGUUUUUUUUGUUUUUUUGCAAAAUUCAUCUGUGUAGUCAAAACUUUGAUGUUUGUGACAAUAAUAGUCACUUUUGAGUAAAUAACAAUAAUAGUCAGAAUUUUGAAAGUUUGAUAACAUAUAUAGCCAUUUUCGUUACAUAAUUUGACGACGUCAUUGACACCGUUAGUCAAAUUAACUGAACGCUUAUGUGGCUGCCAACUCACCGGACACAUCAUCGACAACUCAACAACACUUGUCACAUGGUGUCAUGUCAUAUUUUAAUUUAAAAAAAAAAAUCAACUCAACAAAAAAAAUAAAGUAAAUAAUAAAUAAAAUAAAAACUCAAUAACACCGUCGCCCUUCUCUCCAACUCUUCCUCUCUCACCGAUCAAAUUGCCUCCUCCGCCCCCUCAGUGCUGCCGCCUCCUCCCUCUGUCGCACAAUCUCCACCUCCACCGAGCCCCUCGUAAUUGAGACACCCAUUAGAAAUAAAGAGGAGAAGAUUGGGUUGUUGACGUAAUCCAUCAGAAACUCCACCACUAGCAGCAGAAGUCGGCCAAUGCGCGAAGGUUACGGAUUGAAUUAGGAAUGGAGGAGAUUGCCGAUGGAAUUUGGGAAUAUGAGGAGAUGAACUCCAUGGUUUGGAUGUAUGAUUCGGGGCUAGAGGCUCUGGGGAACUCGAUUUGCCUCCUCAAGACAGAGAUGCUUCGACGACGAUGACAGCAGCGGUCGCGCCUCUACAUCAACUCCCGCCGACGAACUCAUGCUAGCUGUUUCCAGUGCUCGCAGUCGGGUACCACCGCUACCAACUCCCUCCUAUUGUCGUCAACGAUCAGCAUCACUAUCCCCCAGGCCUGCAUUCAAGAAUCUAGCGAAUUUGGGAGGAAGAACUAGGGUUCUUGAAUUUGGGGGAUUUCCAAAUCCGAAUCUGGGGUACAGUUUCUUAUGGACCAGGAGCGGUGACCAUCAUAUUCAAAGCUUCUCCUCUAUUUUGUGUGGUAAGAAAAGCAAAGUGGUUUU